CCUGGCGAUAAUAACUGUUACCAUUUUGUAGAUGAAUUUUGUUUUCCUGGAAAUUAAAUCCAUGAAAGAAAUUGAAAUCUACGAGUAUUUCUGAUAAUAUUUAUACCUUUAUUUUAUUUGAUUAAAACAUGUGAAGUAUCCGUUACUAAAUUGCAAUAAUCUGACUUGGCUAUCCUGAUAAUUGUAAUUCAUUAUUUUGUGUAAACGUUCAAGCUUUUCCACCUUUGUUAUAGUAUGACUUCGCUUGGAAACCUUAUCAGUGUUAACCUUUUUAGUUUGAUUUUUAUCAACUUAAUUUGUAUUGCUCAGUUGGAAAAUGAGCUGGAAGACGAACAUGGCGUUAAAUACGCUAGUCAAUGUGAAGCUUGCAAAUAUUUUGUAACCGAAUUGGAGGAAAGGUUAAAAGAAACUGGAAAAUCUCACGAUGUCAUUGAAGUUGGAUAUAGUAUUGAUAGUAAACAAAAGAAGAGGAAAAAAUAUCAACAAUCAGAAUUGAGAUUGGUGGAGUCAUUGGACGGCAUUUGUGAAAGAUUAUUGGAAUACAAUAUUCACAAGGAGCGCAAAGACUCUACUAGGUUUGCUAAAGGGAUGUCACAAACCUUCCAAACACUCCAUGGUCUGGUUGAGAAAGGAGUAAAAGUUGACUUAGGUAUUCCGUAUGAGCUUUGGGAUAAACCCUCUGCUGAAGUGACCAAUUUGAAAACACAAUGUGAAUUGUUGCUGGAAAAACAUGAAGAUGAUGUGGAAGAUUGGUAUUGGAAUCACCAAGAUGAAUCUUUGACCAAAUUUUUGUGUAUAGAUAGAGCUUUAAGGAAAGGUGAUUCAUCUUGUAUAUUUGAAGGAAAGGAAACUUCAACAGAAGAGCUUGAAUCAUCAUCGAAAGAUGAAUUGUGAUGAUUUAAAUAAUUUGAAUAAGAUGCCAAUUUUUUACACUCUUAUAAUAAUAACGUUUUAAUAAUUUUGAGUCGAUACAGAAUGGGCUUUUAUAAAUUUCAACUUUUUGUAGGUGCGAAAGAUACAGCUUUGACAGCAUA